UCUCUCGAUACUCGAGUCCCUCUCCUCGUGAUGUCUCCUCGCCUCGCCCUCGUCCUGCCCCUCCUCGGCGUCCUCGGCGUCUUCGCGGGGCUCGGAGUCCGCGCUCGGGAGCCGCGGCUCCGCUUCGAGUACAAGCUGAGCUUCAAGGGCCCCCACCUGGUGCUCGCGGACGGCGCGGUGCCCUUCUGGAGCCACGUGGGCAGCGCGAUCCCGGGACCCGAGCUGCUGCGCGUGGCCCCCUCCCUGCGCCACGGGCGCGGGGCCGCGUGGUCGCGCAGCGCGCUCAGAGCCGCCUCCUGGGACGCGCGAGUUCAGCUGCGGGUGGCGGGGAGAGGUCGCGCGGGGGGCCACGGCCUGGCGAUUUGGUUCGCGGAGGAGGCGGGGGCCCUGGGCCCCGUGUUCGGGGGCCCCGAGACGUGGAACGGAGUCGGGGUCAUCCUGGACUCUCGCGACAGCCAGGGAGAUUUGCCGAUGGUUUUUGUCGUCGCCAACAACGGAAGCGUCGCGUUCGCCCAGGGGAGCGACGCCUCCGCGCAGGCCCUCGCCUCGUGCCGCCGCGACUUCCGCAACAAGCCUCACCCGGUGAGGGUGAGAGUCUCACUCCACGCGGGGAGCCUCGAGGUGCACCUCACCUCCGGCUUCACUGCGGAGGAGGACUUUGAGCUGUGCGCCACCGUGGGGGACCUCUCCCUCCCACCAGCGGGGUUCUUCGGGGUCUCAGCCUCCACCGGAGGGGUCCCGGAUGACCACGACGUCCUCUCGUUCCUCACCUACAGCCUCAGCGCGCCUCGCCGGGGGAAACGUGAGAGAGUGACCCAGGAGGAGCAGAAGGAGAAACAGGAGGAGGAGGAGAAGGGGGGGGAGGAGGAGGAGGCGCUAUGGAGGGAGGAAUUUGCUCGCUACCAGGAGGAGCUGCGCCGUCAGAUCGAGGAAUUCCAGAAGGUCCACCCCACGCAGCACGCAGGUGAGGGAGCGCUGGAGUCUCAGGCCGAGAGGGACCUGCGUCUGAUCUUCGAGGGUCAGGCUCGCAUCCAGGCCGAGGUGCGCGACGCAGCCAGGCUCCUGGGCUCCCUCGCCGAGGGGGUGGGGGCCGGGGGGGGCAACACCCAGGCGCUGGACUCGCUGUUGGACUCUCAGAGGGAAAUCCUUCAGCAGCUCAAGGAGAUGAGGAGCAUCGUGUCGGACACGUUCCAGCGUGCGAGCGCCAUCCAGGCGGUGGUGAGCGGCGGCGGCGCGGAGCACGUGCAGCGGCUGUCGGAGCUGCAGCAGCACGUGGCCGUCGUGAAGAGGGACCUGGGCACGCUGGUCCAGGAGGCCGCAAGGGGGCAGUGCCCCCCGCCCCCGGCCUGCGUCUCCACCCUGAGCUUCAUGCUCUUCUCCGGGAUGCAGACGGCGCUGCUGCUGGGAUACCUGGCCUACAGGAGUCACCAGGAUUCUGUCGCCAAGAAAUUCUUCUGACCCCCCCCCGCCACCACCACCGUGACUCAACCUCGUCCCCGUGGGGUGGGGGCUGAGACCCCCGUGUGCGGGGGGAGGAGCAGGCAAGGUCG